GCGGCGCCGCGGCGGCUCCCGGCUGUUCGACGCGCCGAGCGUGCAUGGCGCGGUGCCGGCCGGCAUGGCGCCCAGUGCCACCUGGCGGAGGCGGCGCCAACUAGCCGGCCGGCCGACGGCCGCCAGUGCAGUGCGCCCGCCGCUGGCGGGAGGAUGGCCGCCUAUGGCGCCCCUGGCCGCUGCUAGUGCCGUGCUUGCUUUCCUGCUAUUCUACAACACGCUAGACGCAGACUUCGCCUACGAUGACAGCCGAGCGAUCAAGACCAACCCGGACAUCCUGCCGAGCACGCCGCUCUCCAGCCUGCUGCGGGACGACUUCUGGGGCACGCCACUCAGCCACAGCGGCUCGCACAAGUCCUACCGGCCCAUCACCGUGCUCAGCUUCCGGCUCAACUACCUGGCCGGCGGCCUCCACCCCUGGGGCUACCACCUGGUCAACGUGCUGCUGCACUGCCUGGCCUGCGGCCUGUUCGGCCAGCUGUGCGCGCAGCUGCUGGGCGCCGCCUCGCCGGCCGCCUGGCUCGGCUCGCUGCUGUUCGCCGUGCACCCCGUGCACACGGAGGCGGUGGCCGGCGUGGUCGGACGCGCCGACGUCGGCGCCGCCGUCUUCUUCCUGCUCAGCUUCUUCUCGUACAGCGCUUACCUGCGUCAGCGCGAGACGACGGACGCGCCGCGGCCGCUGCACAGAAACGGAAGUGCCGCCGGUCACCGCAGCGUGGCGCCACCGGCGCGGCGCGGCUGGCGCGCCCUGUUCGCGUGCUUUGUGUGCGCCGCGUGUGCAAUGCUCACGAAAGAGCACGGGAUCACAGUGCUGGGCACCUGCGUCGUCUAUGACCUACUCGUGUUUCACAAGCUCACAGCCAAAGAACUGUCACACAUUUUUAACGAGCGGUACCGUCGCGUGCUGGAGGGUCCCGCGCUGCUGGUGGCCAUGUCGGCCGUCCUGCUCUCGGUCCGGCUCCUGGUGAUGGGCUCUCGGCCGCCCGAGUUCUCUCCGUCCGAUAACCCGGCGGCCGACAGCGACUCGCUGCUGGUGCGCACGCUCACCUUCCUUCACCUGCCGGCCGUCAGCCUGGGCCUGCUGCUCUGUCCCAGCACGCUGAGCUUCGACUGGUCGAUGGACGCCAUCCCGCUGCUGACGUCCCUCUCCGACCCGCGGAACCUGCUCACCCUGGCGCUGUACGCCGGAGCCGCCGCGCUGGCGGCCGCCGUGCUGCGACAGAUGCACACCGACCGGCGCGCCUACUACGUGGAGCGGGUGCGCUCCUACCUGCGCGCGCAGGACGCGGCCGGCUGCUCGGACGCCGAGUCCGAGUCCUCGGCGGCCUCGGCCGAGUCCGGCUUCAGCCAGCUGGACGCCGUGAUCCUGGGCGCCGCGCUGCUAGUCAUCCCCUUCCUGCCCGCCUCCAACCUGUUCUUCUACGUCGGCUUCGUGGUGGCGGAGCGGGUGCUGUACAUCCCGUCGAUGGGCUACUGCCUACUGGUGGCGGCCGGGUUCGGCGCGCUGCGGACGCGGUUGCGGCGGCGCGGUCGGGCGGCCGCUGGCGUGGCGGCUGUGGCCCUCCUGCUGGCCAUGGCCGGCCGCACUUACCUGAGGAACCUCGACUGGAGGACUGAGGAGCGCCUCUACCGGUCCGGCAUCGCCGUCAACCCGCCCAAAGCGUACGGCAACCUGGCCAACAUCCUGAGCUCCAACGGGAUGAAGGAGGAGGCCGAGAGGGCCUACAAGAUGGCGCUCUCGUACCGCUCCAACAUGGCCGACGUCCACUACAACCUAGGAAUUCUGUACCAGGAGCAGAAGCUGUACGACAAGGCGCUCCAGUCGUACGACAAGGCGAUCCAGUACCGGCCACGGAUGGCGAUGGCGCACCUGAACAAGGGCCUGGCGCUGGGUCUGUCCGGUCAGAAGGAGGCCGCCGCCGCCGUCUACCGGCACUGCUCCACGCUGGACGGCGCCGGCCUCAAGGACCCGCGCACACACGAGGCCACUAAAAUAUCGGCUCUGUUCAACCUGGGUCGGCUGUACGCGGACGACGGCAGCUUCCAGGAGGCGAUCGCCGUCUACCAGGAGGCCAUCGAGCGGAUGCCGCCGCACUAUCAGCCGCAGAGCCUGUACAACAUGCUCGGCGAGGCGUUCUUCAAGCUAGGAAACCUGUCCGAGGCCGAGAGCUGGUACCAGGCGGCGCUGAGGGCCAAGCCGGACCACGUGCCCGCCCAUCUCACCUACGGAAAGCUGCUGGCAAAGGUGGGCCGCGUGCACGAGGCGCAGAGCUGGUUCGUCAAGGCGCUGGCGCUGUCUCCUACCGACCCGGCCGUCUAUCAGCACUACGGUCAGUUCCUGGCCGAUGCCGACCGGCCGCAGGAGGCUGCUGACAUCUACCGGCGGGCGGCCGAACUAGCGCCGCACGAGUACGAGAUGGUGUUCAACGCUGCCAACAUUCUCCGCCAGGCGGCGCGCAACGAGGAGGCCGAACACUACUACCGGAUCGCCGUCCGGCUCCGGCCCAAUGAGGCCACCAGUCAUAUGAACCUGGGCGCGAUGCUGCACGUGAACGGGAAGCUGGAGGAGGCCGAACAGUCGUACCUGGCCGCGCUGCGCAUCCGACCCGACGAACAGAUCACCAAGACGAACCUGCAGAAGCUGCGCCACCUGUUCUCAAAGAGCCGGAAGGGCGGCAGCCGCCGGCGAUGAGGGCGGCCAACGCGUCCUUCGUCUGUGAUACCGACCGGGGCGCGGGCCGCCGCCGCCCGGCCUCACCCACACCAAAGAAAGACGAGCGCCGCGCCGCGCCGCCGCCGGCCAGCCCCGGGGCUCCGCCCUGACCGGCCGGCAGGGGGCGGCGCGGCCGCUCCUCUGACGUACUUUCCCCGAGUGGUCAACUCAUGCUGUGGUGCGCGGCGGUAGGGAGGUUGUUUUUUAAUUUAAUCAUCAGAAGGUAUUACUCUAGGACUGUGGAGGCAAUAUGUCGUCGGACAGCGCCAGCCGUGAUACGCGGCGCUUCUCUCGGGUCCGCGCGUUGUUUGUUGUGCUGAGCCGUGGGCCGCGGACGCGGGGGAAGGACUCCAGCCGGCCGCGGCGGGUCGGGCGGCGGAGCUGCGAGCGACCGCCAACCAUCUGUGAUUAUGUAUGUGCUACUAGCUGUCAUAGACAAUAUAUGUUAUACUCGUUGA